AUGACUUUAACUGGAAGCUGCAUGUGUGGUGGCGUUACUUACGCUGUCGAAGCUGACACAUAUACGGCCGCUCUGUGCCACUGCACCGACUGCCAGAAGUGGUCUGGCGGUGCAUUUACCUCCAAUGCAGUCGUCCCCCGCACCAGCAUGAAAAUAACAAAGGGUAAUAUUAGACAGUGCACCUCCCACUACGAUCAACUCUUAUAUCUGACUCCUACCUUCUACACAGGCACUCCCAAUUCCUACGAUGCAAUUGGAAAUAGUGGGAAAAUCAAUAAGCACUUCUUCUGCCCGACCUGUGGCUCAAAUCUCUAUACAGAACUGGAGAUCAUGCCUGAUAUGACUUGCAUCAAGGCUGGAACUCUGGAUGGAGGAGAGGCAAAUCUUAAGGGAAAGAUUGAUGUCGAAUUCUAUAUCAAGGAUCGUCCGGCUUACCUUGCUCCUGUUGAGGGUGCCAAGCAGGAGCAAUUGCUGGGUUGA